AACGAAUUCGGCGAGGCAAGCAUCACGAAAUUUUUGACGACCACUUUGGCACCGAUGUCUUCAAGAGGUCAUACUUAUCCAGUUACCUGUCCGAUUACAAUGUUCCUAUUGGAAGUAGCAUCGCCGCCCAAAUCAGAGCGAAAGGCGCGUCCGCGCCGGAAGUGAGAUGGUUCCGCGGCGAAAGAAGAGAACCGUUUUCUUUUUCGAAAGCGAAAGCGUUCACAGACUUCGGUAUUCACACUUCCUUCGUGCCGGAGAUUUCCGAAUCGGAGAGGGGCUCGAUCAUAUCGAAAUAUUUUGGGCACGUGGACAGCAUGAGCACGAUGGACUUAAAAUCGGCGGGCGUCAUGGAGACCGGGAAGCCCGCCAUGUUUGUUUCGAGACCCGCUGAAAAAUCGAUCACCGUCACCACUGGAGAAGAUGUCAGCGUGUCGUUUAGAUGCGCUGGAAAUCCCAGACCACGAGUGACCUGGAUGAAAGGACUGAGAGACAUCACUAACGGCCCUAGAUCCAUCAAGGAAGUCAUCGAUGACUAUGUCAGACUGACCUUGAAAAGGGUAACACCUUCGGACGAGGGCACCUAUUGCAUACUUGUGAAGAACAGACACGGAUGCGACAGAAGCUUCUUCUCUAUCAAGGUGAAACAACGUGCCAGAUCGUUGACGCCAGAUUGGAGUACCGUCAGCAGCCGCACCGACACCGGAAGUCUUCUAGGUCUGUCGACUGAGAGCCGCGACGAUGAAGUGCCCUACGUGAAAAGUGAGUUGCUCUUUUUACCUUUUCUUUUAGAAG